AUGACUGUCAGUAGUAAUAAGAUUACAACUGCAGCCGAGGUGGAAUCAUUUCUGAGUCAAUAUGACGACUUUUUGUUUGACUGUGACGGGGUGUUGUGGCAGGGAGAUGUGUUGCUUCCGUCAGUAGUGGAGACUUUGGACUUGCUCCGAUCUCAGAAUAAGAGACUGAUUUUUGUUACAAACAACUCAACAAAGUCACGCCAAGCUUACACAAAAAAAUUUGCCAAAUUCGGUUUGACUGUGACCAAGGAAGAGAUUUUUGGCUCAUCAUAUUCGUCGGCCGUCUACCUUAGCAAAGUCUUAAAGUUCCCGAAAGAUAAGAAAGUUCUGGUUAUCGGAGAAAGUGGAAUUGAAGAAGAACUGACCAAUGCAGGCAUCCAAUACAUUGGAGGAACAGAUCCGGCUUUUAACAGCGAAGUCCCGGCCGACGGGAUUGAUAAACUUGAGCACGAUCCUUCUAUUGGAGCAGUUCUCUGCGGUCUCGAUUUGCAUAUUAAUUAUUACAAGAUUGCACAUGCCAUGAUGCAGCUCAAUACCCCGGACCAGGAGACCUUAUUUUUGGCUACCAAUAUCGACUCUACAUAUCCAUCUCAUGGAAAACUUCUGCCUGGUGCAGGAACCAUUGUUGGCACUUUAGAGACUUGCACUGGCAGAAAACCAGUGGCGCUAGGAAAACCUUCUUCUGCCAUGAUGGAUUGUAUUAAAGCUGAAUUUGAGUUUAAUCCUGAACGCGCAUGCAUGGUCGGCGACCGCCUGAACACGGAUAUGGUUUUUGGCACUAAGGGUGGUCUUGGAACUUUGUUUGUGCUUACUGGAGUCGACAACGAGGCCUCUAUUUUUGCUGAAAACAGAGUUGCUUCUCCUAAAUUUUACAUUGACAAGCUGGGAAGUCUUUACGAAUUGUUGCAUGGACAAAACAAUUGA